UGGGCAGAUGCUCCAAUGAAGGUUCCGUAAAUUUGAAUCCGAAUAACGGGCAAAAUUUGAAUUCGAGGUCUUCCACCGUCGAUCAAAAUGAGCCCUCGUUACAGCCCUCCGAUCCGCACUGAUGGAGACAGAGGAAUUUGAAUCCGUUAUUUUCAUCGCUUUAAAUCUCUAUUCGCUCCGUUCUUUCUCUCUUUUGUAAAACCCUAGACUCUUCCUCUCCUUCCCCGGUGUACAAAGUUCACUUCAGAUCGUCAGUUGGUCGACAUGUCGGCGAUCACUGAAGCUGGCACAGUCGCCCGGCGGACGUUGAAAUCCCAAGAAUACUUCAACGAGUCGUUAGAGGUAGAUUCGAGUGGUGUUCGCGAGGGAAGUAAAGCUGAGGUUGGUUGUGCCCAGGGUUUCGAGCUGCGAGUGGAUCCAGACUUUUGGAAAGAUCACAACGUCCAGGUUAUUAUUCGUCUUCGACCUCUCAAUAGUUCAGAGAUAUCCCUUCAAGGACAAAAUAGAUGUGUUUUACAAGAUAGUUGUCAAACUCUUUCAUGGAUUGGACAUCCAGAGUCUCGUUUUACUUUUGAUCUUAUUGCUGAUGAAUAUGUCAGCCAGGAAAGAUUGUUUAAAGUGGCUGGAGUGCCUAUGGUCGAAAACUGUAUGGCAGGCUACAAUAGCUGCAUGUUUGCAUAUGGUCAAACCGGAAGUGGAAAAACUCACACUAUGUUGGGAGAUAUAGAAGGAGGAAUUCAAAGAAAUAGUGCUAACUGUGGAAUGACGCCUCGGGUCUUCGAAUAUCUAUUUUCAAGGAUAGAGAAGGAAAAGGAAACCCAAAGUAAUCAAAAGCUCCAUUUUACAUGUAAAUGCUCAUUUCUUGAAAUAUACAAUGAACAAAUUUUAGAUUUGUUGGAUCCUUCCUCCAUAAAUUUACAGAUAAGGGAAGAUGCAAGAAGAGGUGUUUAUGUAGAAAAUCUCAAGGAAUAUGAAGUUUCAAGUCCUAGAGAUGUUAUUCAACAGCUUAUUCAGGGGGCAGCUAACAGGAAGGUGGCUGCUACAAAUAUGAAUCAUGCUAGUAGCCGUUCUCAUAGUGUUUUUACUUGUAUCAUUGAAAGAAAGUGGGAAUCUCAAGGAGUUUCGCGUCACAGAUUUGCUAGGCUAAAUCUGGUAGAUCUUGCAGGAUCUGAGAGACAAAAAAGUUCAGGUGCUGAGGGCGAUCGGCUUAAAGAAGCUACAAACAUCAACAAGUCACUUUCAACAUUAGGGCUUGUGAUUAUGAACCUCGUUAGUAGCUCAGGUAAGAGACAACCACAUAUUCCAUACCGAGACUCGAAGCUUACAUUUCUUCUACAGGAUUCUCUUGGUGGAAACUCUAAGACUAUGAUAAUUGCAAACAUUAGCCCUUCCAAUUGUUGUGCUCUGGAAACACUUAGCACAUUGAAAUUUGCUCAACGUGCCAAGUUUAUAAGGAAUAACGCAGUUGUAAAUGAGGAAGCUUCAGGAGAUGUACUUACUUUACGAUUACAAAUUCAGCGGCUUAAGAAAGAAGUGAAUCACUUGAGGGGAUUGAUUAGUGGAGGACCUGAUAAAUUAGGAAGUGAUGGUACUACUGCAUCUUCUCAAGAUUCUCCCGGACUUUUAAAAUUGAAUGGAGAUCAAGCAUCAUUCAGCCCACUAACAUUUGAUAAAAGAUUAUCACCAAGAAAAGAGCAUGAAGCUGCCCUAGUUGCAACUCUUAGGAGAAUACAUGACAAAGAAGAAGAACUGAAAGCACUGGCGGCUGAGAGAGAGGCUGCAGAUCGGUUGAUUAUUCACAGAACAGAAGAGGUCAGAAACUUAAAAUUAAGACUUCGGUUCCGAGAAGAUGCAAUAAGAAGGUUGGAGGCGCUUGCUUCUGCAAAACUGUCGCCUGAUACACACAUUUCGCAAGAAAAGGAAGCACUUCUGAAAGAAUUAGAAGUCCUCCGCAAUCAGGUUGAUCGUAAUUCAGAAGUGACUAGAUUUGCAAUGGAGAAUAUGCAGCUACGUGAAGAAUUGAGAAGAUUGAAGUCAUUUGUUGAAGAUGGUGAACGAGAAAUGAUGAAUGAACAGAUCACUGUUUUGCAGGAUAAGUUAUUGGAAGCUUUGGAUUGGAAACUCAUGCAUGAGAAGAAUUCAGAGGAUCAGCCCUUGUUCUCCUGGGAUUCUUCUGUAAAUGAGGAAAAUGAAUUCCUCCAUUUAGAGGCUAUCCAAAACCAGAGGGAAGCAGAAGCACUUCGUAAGAAUCUGACAGUUUGUCUUGAAGCCAAAGAAAAUCUUGAGAGGCGUGUAGACGAAUUAAUAUCACAGCUUGAAGCGCAAAAGAAUGUUAAAAAUUCAAAUAAAGAAAGUGGUGUGGUAUGUAAUGAUCAAAUGGAACUUAAAACAAUGGUAGAUGCAAUUGCAGCCGCAAGUCAGCGUGAAGCUGAAGCUCAUGAAACAGCCAUCACAUUGGCUAGAGAGAAUGAUGAAUUACACAUGAAGCUUAAAGCUUUGAUUGAAGAUAACAAUAAGUUGAUUGAGCUGUAUGAGAGUGCUUCUGUCAAAGCUGCUACUACUGAGAUAGGUGAUGGUUAUCCAGUUGGAAAUACAAGGGAAAUGCAGAAUAACUUGGUAGAUUUUCAUGGGGGCCUAUUACAGAAUUGCGUAGACUUUCAUGAAGAUCAACUAGAAGAUAAGAAGGUUGAUAAUCUUGAGCACCAACUUAACGAGAUACUUGAAGAGAAUGAGAAAUUGAUGGGCUUAUAUGAGAAAGCCAUGCAGGAGAGGGAUAAUUUCAAAAGGAUGCUGGCUUCUUAUGAAAUAGCUAGAAUUGAAGUGAGAGAUGAAAUUAAUUGCCCUGAAAAACUUGUUGAAGUAGAUAAAGUAAGAACUGAUCUAAAACAAAAUGGGGGGGAAUUCAUCGGGGAACAUGCAGGGCAUGAAUUUUCAGAAGAAAUGCUGAGCCUGGUAAGAAUAAAGCUGGACCAAACAGAGGUUAACCUUGCACCUUCUGGGAAAGUGAUUAACUUUUCUUGUUUGCUUGAGAAAAUAGCUAAAAAAGUACUGGCAGUUUAUAGUAGAUUUAAUGACCUGAAUCAAAAUGUUGUGCUUAAGCAGCAGGAGAUUACAGCCCUUGGUUUAUCUCUACCCAAGCUAGAGGAGAGGCAAACGGUCAUGGGAAACAAACUUUUGGCUCUGCAAGCAGAUUUGCAGAGCUCCUCAUCCAUGUUUGAUUACUGGGAAGAAAGAGAUAUUAACGGUAAGGUCAGAUAUGAAUCAUGCUUGGCAUCUUUGGAACAGAAGAAGGAAGAGCUAAGACGUCUUUGUACCCUCAAGCAUGAAAUGGAUACUUCUUGUACGAAGGUUAAGCAAUCUGAAGUUGAGCUUAGGAGCAACAUUGAUCAUUUGAAGAUGCAACUCAAAGUUGCAGAUGCUCAAAGAAAGGAGAGUGAAAGAGUAUUGCUUUCAAUUGAUAAUUUGAACAGAAGCAACCAUUCUGAAUCAAGGACCCUAAACAUUGGCAAAGCAACCGACUUGCUCAAGUCUGAGGAGGAGAGAACUAAAAUUGCUUUUGAGAUAAAGAAACUCAGGGAGAAGCUGGUGUCCGCCAAUAAAGAAAUGGCAAAAUUGCGCUCGAUAUCUGAAUCUCUCGACUCUAAUAUUGAAAAAGGUGAGGCAGAUAUUACAAGUGAAUCAGUUUUAUUACAGGAAGCAGAACUUUCUUGGCAGAGGGUUGCUGGAGAAAAGAAGAUGCUCUGCAAAAUGAUAGAGGAUGGGAUGGUUGAGCUGGGAAGGAUUUUAGUUGAAUAUCAGCAGUGUCUCUUUGAGGUGGAUCUAAAGAAAGGUGAGAUACUUCUAUAUGAGGAUGAGCUGAUUCUUGAAAUGAAGGAAAUGGAGGACGUGAAGAGAGCACUGCAAGUGGCUGUAGAGAAUCUCCGCAAUUUACUGGAGGAUAAGAAGGGCAGCUCAUAUAUGAUUGAUCCAGAUGAUUGUUCAAGAUUUGCUUCAGAAAAUGUAGAAAAUCAAUUCAGGCUAGCACUGAGGUCACUUGCUGAAGUUAAGCUUUUGUUAUUCGGGGACAGGGACAAAUAGUAUGUUCAACUGCUUUUCUUCUGAUAAAGUUGACAUAUUUGUUUUUGCAUCCUUGAUCUUCCUGUAGUUAACCAUUACAUGAUUAUUGCUGGGGAAUAUUUUUAGAAGCUUGCAUAAAACACCCUUUUUUU